AUGGACGCCGCCGCCGCCGCCGCCCCAUCCAAGAGACCCAGGACCUCGGCGGCUUCCGUCGCCGGCACGCCGCGCAAACCCAAGAACGCGCCCGCGGCCAGCGCCUUGCUCCCAGUUCCCGGCCAGGCCGCGACGCCGGACAAGACGGAGCGGCGGCCGCUGCUGCGGAGGGCGGCGGGCAAGGGCGCCGUCGCGCUCUCCGUCAAGGAGGUCCGGCGGGCCGCGCUCCAGCUGCGGCGCGCCGACAAGGGCCCUGCUGUGGCCGAGGAGGAGGACGCGCUCGAGUCCGUCGCAAGGGAGCUCGGCGUCGGCGCCGGCGCCGGACGCAGCCCCGUCAAGCGCAGGCCCGAGGUCAAGCUGCCCCAAAGCUACGAGACGCUCUGCGAGUUCUUCAACUGCUUCGAGAGCUCCACCCGGCUGCUCCGCAUGAAGGGGUCCAAGGCCACCUUCCCCAACAUCUGCGCCAGCGUUCAGAACCUGGCCGACAGGAGGUUUACCUACGGCAAUCUUGCGCAGCUCAAGUACAUAAUGCCCGAGGCGAUUGUCAUCAAUAAGAUCCUUCUGCGCGAUGAGAGGACCUGCUGUAUGAAGCCUGAUCUUCAGGUGAACCUGCUGGCUGAUGCGGUCGAGGGCAGUGUGCUGCACAAGGGGGAGACCCGCUACGCGGCCCUCAGGAGGAUCUUCAGGCAGAGGCUGGUGGAUUUCUUCAGGAACCAUCCCGAGGGAGAUGAUAUUCCAGAGCAUGCGCUGCCGCAUCCGUUUACUCAAACAAAACCAAGCGUAGCUCAGAUCACACCUCGACCCGUUCCUGAAGCUGUAUCUGCUGUGCCAACACCGUCUCUGGUUGAACAGCAGCCUGUUGGGAUGUCACACAUGUCACACUCCUUCAAGAGGAGGUUCUCGCAGAGAUCUUUAAACAGCCUUGGAACUGCCAGCACAACAAGUCCACUGGCAAACGCUGAGUCUGCCGCUUCAUCUCCAUUGAGCAGAAAGUCGGUGCUCAGUUCUGUUUCUGGUGGCACAGAGAAAGGUGGCAAGGAUGUUGCGCCCAGGUUUGGUGCUUCAGAAGGAACUCCUGCCAAGUUCGUCUCUACACCGGUCAGAUUAAUGGCAGCCACACCAGGCCUUGACACCCCAAAGAGGCCAACCUCUGGUACCAUGUGCGAUACGCCACAGCUGCAGACGGUCAAGCGAUCAGCCAGGGCCAAAUUGUUCAUGACACCCACAAAGGAUGCAAGCACUACGCAAGAGGAGAUCCAAAGCACAAGCACGUCUACCAUCGAUGCCGAUGAUGAGCUGCUCAGUUUCCUUCCAAAGUCCCUCUUGCAAUCCGUAAAGCAGAAGGAGAAGAGAGCUUUAGCGGAGAAGGAAACAGGAUUUGCUGAUCAGGUGCAAAGGCAGAAGCUUAUAUCGUCCCUGUCGAACACCUUUGAUAUUAUCUUUCUUAUCUAUCAGUCGAGGCAGCGCUCUGUACUGGCAAAGCAUGAGCUCGUCGACAGGAUAAUUGACCGUAGCCCAAAGAUUGUUGACAAGGGUGAGAUUGAAGAGCAACUGAGAUUGCUGCAAGAGUUUAUUCCAGAGUGGAUCUCCGAGAAGGCUGCAUUAAGUGGAGAUGUCCUCUGCUGCAUCGAUACAUCACUAAGCCAGUCAGAGAUUCGACAAAGGUUGCAGGGUGUCGAGUAGGGUGAAGCACAAAAUUUGUGCACCUUGUUUAGAAAUGUAGCAGUAUCAUAGUGCACGUUUGUGCCUAGAGGCUAGAAGUUGUCUUCACUUCUGUUCCAAGUUCGGACACAACUCUUGACUCAAUGGUUUACAUGUGUAGCUUGACAAUUUUAACGGCUGAUUAUGUUAUCUAUUUCAUUCACAGCGUGUAUAUCCAUUGU